AUGAAACGUUCAUACCUGAUGAGACGUCCUGAUUCCGACGAUGAAGAAGAUUACUACUCAGCAGAUCGUGAAGUUAAAAGCAAGCCUAUUGAUUCAAGAUUUUCUUCAGCAUUCGGCGGAGCUAAACCAUCGACUUUUGUUAGAGCUAGUGAACAAAGUCAACAAGAAUUUUAUGGCAAACAGAACGUUACCUUCACGAGAAAGGAAGCAGAAGAAGAAAAAGUGGACAAGAAUGCGGGUAGAAGGCUGUUGACCGCUGAUGAGAAGAAUAAAUUGAAUGCUAAGAUUUUGAAAGCUGAAAUGGCCGGGAAAAAGGUAAGGUUUUGAAUGUUUUUGGUGUUUUGUGUUUAGUUAUGGACGGAACAUGGAAUGAUUGAUGUUUAUAAAGAUUUAUCAAAGACUUCGUGACAUUCUAAAACUUAUUUUUGUUGUUUUGAAAAGCAGUUAAGCUUGCAAUAUUGAAAUUUAUUAUGUUAUCAAUGCUAACUUUAAUGUCCUUUCUGAUUAGAUGUUGUUUUUUGAGAUUACUGAAAGAACUUUGGAUUAUUAUUGUAACAAAGGUUUCACUGAUGUUUUUUUUUACAAUUUUUAGUGUUGACCUGGUUGUUUUAUGCUUUUCAUAUUUAAAAACGUUAAUUCUUGGCAUAUCAAAAGUAACUUUAGUAUAUUUACUACAUUUUUAAACGGUUUUUAUCAAUAAGAGUAGCGAAAGUCAGGAAAUUAAGGUUUUUAUGUUUUCAGUGAUCUAUUGUUCUCAAUAACUUUGGUAUGUCUUCUGUAAUUAAAUAAAACGAAUACUUUUUUACAGGACAAAGCCAGAAAGUUAAAGAAGCAAUUGGCAGAUGGAUAUGCACAAUCUGACGAAGAAGCAUCAACUAGUAAAGCAGAGAACGCUGAUGAUAACGAUGUCGUGUUAAUGAAAGUGGACAAACGAACCGGUGUUAUUCAACCAGCUAGUUCUCAAGCAAAGGCAAGUUUUCUUAAUAAUCAGGGGUUUCAAAAGCUAGAUUUACAUCUUUUUUGGGGUUUACUUUAUUUUAGGUUGUGAAACAAUGUUUUUUGACGUUUAAGAAAUUUUUAACUGAAAGGUGUAUUUUUUGGUAAUGUUUAAUAUUAAAGUGUGAUUUCAGAUGUCCGGAGGUAAAGACAGAACUCAUAAAGGUUUGGUGGACAGCGAAUUCAAUCGUGCAGCUACUUUGGAAGACUUGGUUAGAGAUGAAAAGAAACUGACUUCAGAAGAUCAAUUAGAAAUGUUUAAUAGGGCAGCUAAAGUAAGUUUUUACUUUAAAAAGGUAAAAUACGACCGGGGUAAAUUUUUUACUUUAACUUUAGCAAAAGAUUUUAGUUUAAAUUGGGCUUUAUUUUAGAUGACCUCAUCGAACAAGACAGAUGACGAUUGGAUUCUGGAUGACAAUAUUACAAGUUUCAAACACAAAAAACGUCAUGAAGAUAAGGAUGCAAAGAAGGAACAUUCCAAACGUGUUAAAGGUAGGUUUAUAUGCUUUUUAAUAUUAGGUUGUUCAAAUAAUUUUGUGCUCUUUAACUCCGAAAGUUUUCUUUGAUAAAGGGUACAGAAUUUGUUAAACAAUCUAACAAGUUUUUUUGAGAAACCUUAUUUUUAAAGUUCAUAAGCUAACGUAAUCAUUAGGGUUAAUCACUACGGUUUUUUUUUAUAUAUUGUCAAAAAUAAGGGUAAAAUACGAGCGCUAAAAAUACGGAUUUAAUAAUAAAUGACUCCUAGGGAUGUCGUUAGGAGGCUAG